AUGCGAAAUUAUUACGAUGAAACCCCCUGUGAAGCUUCAGAAACGCUGCGGUUGGGAAAAAAAUGGAUAAAACGAAACGGACGGGAACGGAGACAUAACAAAGAAAUGUUAGAUUUUGUGAACGAGAAGAGAUUUUCGCUAAGCGAUUUAGCGUCAAGACGAUGGUGUAUAAAUAGAGGUCAUACGCUGAGACACAACAAAGAACUCCACAGCAUGUUGGAAUGUACGGUCGAAGGGUAG